AUGACAGACGCCAACUUCCACAUCACCACCCCGCGCCUCUACCUCACCCGCCUCCUCCCCACCAACCUCUCCCACUGCGCCUUCAUCGUCGCCCUCUACAACACACCCGAAUUCAUCGCCUCCAUCGGCGGCAAGCCGACUUCCAUCACCACCCCGGAAGCCGCGCGCAAACUCAUCGAGAACCGCUUCGACGCCGAGCACGCCCGCAACGGAUACGGCACCUACCUGGUCUCGCUCAAGCCACCCACCGCCGACGGGACAGACGAAGAAGAAAACAGGGCCAGCAGCACGCCCAUCGGCACCGUGUCGCUCUCGCGCGGACUCCCACCAGACGCGUACGCUGCACCGGACCUGGGCUUCGCGAUCCUGCCAGAUUACACGCGGAAGGGCUAUGCGCGGGAAGCCGCUGCCGGGCUGCUGGAAUGGGCGGGGCGUGAGCGCGGCGUCAGCGCCGUGCUCGGGCUGUUCGACCCGGCCAACGAGGCGUCCAAGGGCGUAUUCAGGAGUCUCGGGUUCGAGGAUCGCGGGAAGCGGAAGCUGCGGGUGUUUGGGGGCGUGGAGGGGGCGGUGUGGGCGCGCAGCGGGAUGGAGGGGGAUUUGGGAGUUUAUGGGCUUUGA